UGGGUUGUGGAGGAUGUGUGAAGUAAUGGACUGGAUUUAAAAUAACUUCAGGACUGAAGACUGAUUACAUUGUUUUUUAACAUUGUUUAUGUACAACGAAAACGAAACAAGAUCAGUGCAGAAGAGAACGCAAGAGACCGUGGACGCAAGGAAAAUGACUAUGGUGGAGAUGAAAGAGCUUAUUCCAGGAGAAGAACAAGAUGUUUCAUCCAAAUUUCCUAGAAGCUGAGAAACCAGUAGAGGCAAAAAAAGAAGAGACUUAUGAAUACAACAAACUGAAGAAUUCAAAAGAAGAUGAAGAUGUUUACAGGCAAGUUCAUCUGUACCAGAGGAUUUCUGCUGUUUUUAUCAUUCUCUCAUUAAUCUUACUGGCUAUGGUUCUUGCUUUGGCCAUAAAGUUACAAGAAUGUCAGUCCAUCCAGAUGUCUGAUGUCCCUGUGCAGAUCGAUUACCCCCGAAACCAAGGGUAUCAGUGCUUUCACUGUGGGAGGGGCUGGUUAAAAAUUGAGAACUCCUGCUACUUCAAAUCCAGGGAGCGUCUAAACUGGCAGGACAGCAGAAAGGCGUGUCAGGAUCGGGGUGGAGAUCUGGCUGUUGUCCACAAUGAAACAGUGCAGGCAUAUCUAAGUAUGCGUCGAGGUCUGCUGUUCUGGAUUGGGCUUCAUUAUGCAGAAACAGAACAACAGUGGAUAUGGAUUGACAAUACCACAUUAACUAUGAGCUUCUGGGCCACCAGUAAGCGACCUGAAAAGCCUAAAGACCACUGUGCACUGCUACAUGGAAGGACAAACUCAAGCAACUGGCAUUCAUACCCCUGUCAUGCAAUCUCCCAGUACAUCUGCCAGAAAUAUUAGAAGUGGAAAAAGAUCAAACAUAACAAUCAAAUAUAUCUGUUAUGUAUGUUUGCCAUUAAUAUCUUAUUUUACUCGUUUACUCACCUUUUACAAAUGCAGUCCACAUGCAAUAUGCAAAUGCAAUAGCAAUAAACACAGGACCAACACAUGAAACAGUCCAGUUCUGUGAUGCACAAUCAAGUAGACAUGCUAUGUAUUUUUCAUGACUGAAUAAAUGAAACAAGUGCAUUCACUGAAACUUACUUUUUUCUGCUUAUAAGCUGCACUGCUUUUAGUUAAAAUGCUACAGAAUUAUUUUGCACUGAUUUCUAAUAAACCAUAUUUGCACUAA